AUGAGUCUAAGGCUGUUUUCAGAGAAGGCGAACACGCAGGCGCUCAAGGCGUUGCUCUGCUGCUACUAUGCGAAGCGUCCGGUGGAGCUGACGCUCUCUGGGGCGCACACACUUCCAGUGCUGCAUCACCCGGCGUUCAAGAAGCCCAUUUUCGCCGCGAACGAGAUGGCGCAUGUGAUUUUGCACUACACUUGCAGAGAUGGAUCGACUGAUUGGAGUGGCAGCCGGCCCGACGGCGGUGGCGGUGGCGGUGGCGGCGGCGCCUUGGCGAGUCUUUCGCUGGAGGAGGAGGCCUGGAUGGAGUGGGAGGCGACCACCUUCACGUGGGCGGUGCGUGCGUUGUACACCCAGCGCCGGGCGACGCCGGAGGCCACCGCGGCGUUUGACUACCUUGACAACAAGCUCAGCGAGAACAACUGUCAAGGCCUGUGUCUGGCCUCUCCAGCAGAGGGGGCGGAGGCGACCGCGUCGUUUCUUAUCGACUGCAUCAUUUGGUGUGCCGUCCUGCCGGCACUCUGCGAGGGCGGUCUGCUGAGCGAGCGGGAGCGCGAGCAGGUGCCACAUCUGUUGAAGUGGUUUCAGUCGUUCCAGGCGGCCAGAGGAGAACUUAUCGCUGGCGCCCUUGAGGCCCUCGCGGUGCAGGAGGUGGCGGAUUUUUUGCGCGCCCCCCGCGUGUACAAAGUAUCCCCGAGCACCAGCAAAGUCUUCUUUAUCACGACGCCUAUUUACUACGUGAAUGCCGCCCCGCACAUUGGCCAUGUCUACAGCACCCUGAUUGCCGAUGUCAUUGCCCGCUACCACAGCAUAAAAGGGGAACGCGUCUUUGUGAUGACUGGGACCGACGAGCACGGGCAGAAGGUGGCAGACGCCGCUCGACAGAAGGGCGUGACGCCGUACGACUUCACAACUGCCGUGUCCAAGGAGUUUAAGGAGUGCUUUGCGCAGAUGGGCUACAGAAUGGACUACUUCAUCCGCACCACGAAUGAAAGCCACAAAAAAGUUGUGCAUGAGCUGUGGUCGAAGCUCGAGGCGCAGGGGGACAUCUACCUGGGUCGCUAUGAGGGUUGGUAUUCGGUGAGUGACGAGUCCUUUUUGACGGCGCAGAACGUCACAGACGGGGUGGACAAGGACGGCAAUCCGUGCAAGGUGAGCCUUGAGAGCGGCCACGUUGUGACCUGGCUGGCGGAGGACAACUACAUGUUUCGCCUCAGCGCCUUUCGCGAGCGACUGCUGGAGUGGUACCAUAACAAUCCCGGCUGCAUCGUCCCGGAGUUCCGCCGCCGCGAGGUCAUCCGUGCGGUGGAAAAUGGCUUAAACGACCUGAGCCUCUCGCGCACGAAGGAGUCCGUGCACAACUGGGCCGUACCGGUCCCUGGCGACCCAGACCACUGCAUCUACGUUUGGCUUGAUGCCCUCUCCAACUACUACACCGGCUCACGCCUCCGCCUAGACGAGUCCGGGGAGGAGCUGGAGCUUGUCGAGGACUACCGUCAGCUGGAGCGUUUUCCUGCGGACCUGCACGUCAUCGGGAAGGAUAUUUUAAAGUUUCACGCCAUUUAUUGGCCGGCCUUUUUGCUUUCGGCGGGUCUUCCUUUGCCCAAAACAAUCGUCGCCCAUGGCUGGUGGACCAAGGAUCACAAGAAGAUAAGCAAAUCCCUUGGCAAUGUCUUUGACCCCGUGGAGAAAGCCCGGGAGUUUGGCCACGACGCACUCAAGUAUUUCCUUCUGCGCGAGUCCGGCUUCUCCGACGAUGGCGACUACAGCGACAGGAACAUGGCUGCCCGCCUCAACGGCGAGCUCGCCGACACCCUCGGCAACCUCGUGAUGCGCUGCACCUCCGCCAAGAUCAACGUCCAUCGUGAGUGGCCGGUCCCUGCCGCCUACAACGGCAAGGAUGAAGUGCUUAUUCAGCUCAUCAAGGACCUGCCUGGGACGGUGGACCACUUCUUCCUUAUCCCUGACGUGCAGAAGGCGUUGACGGCCGUGUUUGAGGUGCUGCGCGCCAUCAACGGCUACGUCACGGAGAACGCGCCGUGGCAGCUGGUGAAGACGGAUCCCGAGCGACUGCGGACGGUGCUGUACAUCAGCAUGGAGGGCGUUCGCCUGGCGACGCUCAUGCUAAGCCCCGUUCUCUCAGAGAAGGCGCCCGUCAUUUUUGACAUCUUGGGAGUCCCAGAGGCGAACCGCAGCGGGGUGGAGAAUUUUGAGUUUGGCGUCGUUCCCAGCGGGACGCCCAUCGGCGGCAUGGCGGAGGGCGAAGUGUUGUUUCCAAAACGCUCGCUGGACGACGCGCAGGCCGCGUAA